AUGCCCGUCACCGUCAGCGUUCUCUACCCCAACGAUGCCGACGCCAAGUACGACAUCGACUACUACGUCAACCGCCACAUGCCCCUGGCCGCCGCCCAGUGGAAGUCCUCGGGCUGCCUGAGCUGGACCGUCACCAAAUACCAGGCGACCCCGGACGGCAAGGAGCCCAAGUUUGCCUUUGCCGGCAUCCUCACCUUUGAGAGCCUCGAGACCGUCCACAAGGCCCUCGCCUCGCCCGAGACCGCCGCCGUGAUGCAGGACGUCCCCAACUACAGCAACAAGGAGCCUGUAUUCCUGAUCGGAGAGGAUCUUAAGACUACGGCCGCGUAG